AUGCCAGAAAAUACUCUACAAGCACCUCGCCCUUCAAGAAGUGGAGAUUUUACAGAUCUUGAAGACCCUCCAAAAUACAGACAGACGCCUGAUGUUGGCGAUUUCAGUGUUUCCGGUCGUAACAGGGGGAAGCAAGAACCUCAGACUGGAUCCUACGACGAUGCAUCCCGGUCGCAAUACAGUUGGUCAUCUAAACCUGGUAAACGGCAGAAGGAAAAUUUGCUGAGAGAUGAUGCCCCGGAUUUUGUUUCGCGAGAAUCUAAACAUUAUCUUCAGCAAGGUUCUUUGGAUCUUAAGCCAAGGUCUGCGCAUGAGGACUCUGAUGACGUGGUACAUUUGACUCGAGACUAUGCUGAGAUGUCCGGAGCGCCAGUAAACAAUGAAGACAGUGAUGACGCCACAUGUGGAAUUUGUUUUAACAGAAACGGAGAAAAAGUAUGUGAACCGGUAACGACUAAUGAGAAACCCGCUAUUGUGAGGAGGUCCUCGUCGAUUUACGAAGAUUACAAAAAAGACUGUUACAACAAAUUGCAUUUGUUUAACAAGAAGUGA